UUCGUUUCCUUCAGAAAUUUUUAAAAAAUCAGGAUUAAAACCCGCAGAAGGACCCUGUAGGAAAAUUUGAAGGAGUUUGUCUGCCAGUUUAGGCACUGAGAGGUAAAAUAUAAAAUAUUUUCGUAUUUUCAUGGAUUCCCAGGUUUCUCAGUGUGUUCUCUCUGCUGUGUUUUGUGCUCCAGGUUUUCUAGGAAAAACAGAAAAAAUCAGGAAACCCCUGGAGCGCUGCCCUGUCACCAUGGGCUCCACAGUGUGGGAAUGUGGGUGAAAUCUCAGGAUUUAAUUCAUGCCACGGAGGACUGAGAAGGGGCAAAAAAGAAAAAAAAAAAAGGGGAAAAUUCAUGUGGAACGUGCCUGGAUCGAGCUGAGGAUGCUGAGCACAGCUGUGAGGAGCGUGGAGUUGACGGAAUUCCGGUGAAAAUUCGGGAUCGAGGAUGGCUGUGGGGUGGCUGCUCUGCUCGCUGUGGGUUUUGGGGGGCUGGGUGACCCCCGCAGUGGGGCACAGCCUCUUCUCCUGCGAGCCCAUCAUGCUCAGGAUGUGCCAGGACCUGCCCUACAACUCCACCUUCAUGCCCAACCUCCUCAACCACUACGACCAGCAAACCGCAGCUCUGGCCAUGGAGCCCUUCCACCCGAUGGUGAACCUGGAGUGCUCCCGGGAUUUCCGCCCGUUCCUGUGCGCGCUGUACGCGCCGGUGUGCAUGGAGUACGGGCGCGUGGCGCUGCCCUGCCGCCGCCUCUGCCAGCGCGCCCACAGCGAGUGCUCCAAGCUCAUGGAGAUGUUCGGGGUGGCCUGGCCCGAGGACAUGGAGUGCACCAGGUUCCCAGACUGCGACGAGCCCUACCCUCGCCUGGUUGACCUCAACGUGGCCGGCGAGCCCACGGAGGAGGCCCCGAUGGCCGUGCAGAGGGAUUACGGCUUUUGGUGUCCUCGGGAGCUGAAGAUCGACCCGGAGCUGGGCUACUCCUUCCUGAGGGUGCGGGACUGCUCCCCGCCCUGCCCCAACAUGUACUUCCGCCGGGAGGAGCUGUCCUUCGCCCGCUACUUCAUCGGCGUCAUCUCCAUCGUCUGCCUCUCGGCCACCUUGUUCACCUUCCUGACCUUCCUCAUCGACGUCACGCGCUUCCGCUACCCGGAGAGGCCCAUCAUCUUCUACGCCGUCUGCUACAUGAUGGUGUCCCUCAUCUUCUUCAUCGGCUUCCUGCUGGAGGACCGGGUGGCCUGCAACGCCUCCAGCCCCGCGCAGUACAAAGCCGCCACGGUGACCCAGGGCUCCCACAACAAGGCCUGCACCAUGCUCUUCAUGGUGCUCUACUUCUUCACCAUGGCCGGCAGCGUCUGGUGGGUCAUCCUCACCAUCACCUGGUUCCUGGCCGCCGUGCCCAAGUGGGGCAGCGAGGCCAUCGAGAAGAAGGCGCUGCUCUUCCACGCCGGCGCCUGGGGCAUCCCCGGCACGCUGACCGUGGCGCUGCUGGCCAUGAACAAGAUCGAGGGCGACAACAUCAGCGGCGUCUGCUUCGUCGGCCUCUACGACGUGGACGCGCUGCGCUACUUCGUGCUGGCGCCCCUGUGCCUCUACGUGGUGGUGGGGGUGUCCCUGCUGCUGGCCGGAAUCAUCUCCCUCAACCGCGUCCGCAUCGAGAUCCCGCUGGAGAAGGAGAACCAGGACAAGCUGGUGAAGUUCAUGAUCCGCAUCGGCGUCUUCAGCGUGCUCUACCUCGUGCCGCUGCUGGUGGUCAUCGGCUGCUACUUCUACGAGCAGGCGUACCGGGGCGUGUGGGAGACCACCUGGAUCCAGGAGCGCUGCCGGGAGUACCACAUCCCCUGUCCCUUCCAGGUCCCUCAGAUGAGCCGCCCCGAUCUGAUCCUGUUCCUCAUGAAGUACCUGAUGGCUUUGGUGGUGGGGAUCCCCUCGGUGUUCUGGGUUGGAAGCAAGAAAACCUGUUUUGAGUGGGCCAGUUUCUUCCACGGGCGCAGGAAAAAGGAGGUUGUGAACGAGAGCCGGCAGGUGCUGCAGGAGCCGGACUUUGCGCAGGCGCUGCUGCGGGACCCCACCACGCCCGUCGUCCGCAAGUCGCGGGGCACGUCCACGCAGGGCACGUCCACGCACGCCUCCUCCACGCAGCUGGCGGUGCUGGACGAGCCGCGCAGCAAGGCCGGCAGCGUGCACAGCAAAGUCAGCAGCUACCACGGCAGCCUGCACCGCUCGCGGGACGGACGGUACACUCCCUGCAGCUUCCGCGGCGUGGAGGAGCGGCUCCCUCACGGCAGCACGUCGCGGCUGAACGACCACUCGCGGCACAGCAGCUGCCACCGCCUGAACGAGCAGUCGCGGCACGGCAGCGCCCGGGACCUGGGCAGCGUCCGGGACCUGGGCAGCGUCCGGGACCUGGGCAGCGUCCGGGACCUGGGCAGCGUCCGGGACCUGGGCAGCGCCCGGGACCUCGGCAGCACCGGCGCGCUCACACACAUCACCCACGGCAGCGCCAUCGGGGUCAUCGAGGAGGAUGGCACCAGUGCCUGAGUGGCCUUCCUCGGCCAGGUGAGGACCUUCCUCGGCCAGGUGAGGACCUUCCUCAGCCUCUCGGCAGCUGCGGGAAGCCGCCCUCGGCUUCUCUGAGUGAAAAGGUGGUUGUGUGCUCUGGACCUCUCUGUAGGUAGUUAUUUAUUUGGUGACUGUUCCUCGUCGGGCACGACUGAUGGAUUUCUGAUUCUCUUGGAAAACAAUCUCUCCCUUCCUUCCCCUGUGUCCCUCCUUCCUUGGGCUCCACGUGCCCCGAAAUCCAAAUUCCCAAAAUCCGAAAUCCCGGUGCCAGGAGCUGUUCUGGUGAGACUCGAGGGAACUCGUGCUGGCUGAAGGAAUCCCUCGGUGCGAGUGGCAGCGUUGGGUGACACUGCAAACGCCGCAGGAAUGAGCACUGUGGAGAGGGAAACUCCUCUGAGGAUCACCAGCUCCUCCCAGAGCUGCCCAGGGUGGGGGGAAGAGACAGGCAGGGGAAUAGCGAUUUUUUUAUAAAACUUGUAUUGUCCUUGCUUUUUUACGAAAGACUAUUUAAAUUUUCUACUCGUUUACAAUUUCUGUAGAAGAGAUGGGUUUUAAAAGCAGUUACCUAGAUGAUAUUCAGCCAUUUAUUUUUUAGAGUCAUGUACAAAAGCUGAGAUUGCCUGUUCCUGAUCUAUUUAAAAAAAAAAAAAAGAUAUUAUCAGAGGAAAGCUGAAUUUGUCACCCAAGCAGGGAUGUAGAGGGAGUUGCUACAGCCAGAGCUGAGCCUGUUUCAAACCCCAGCGCUGGGUGAAGAAGGCUGAGGCAGCAGCAGAGGAGUCCCACCUUCCUCGUGUGUCAGGGCUCUCUGUGCUGAGCAAAAAUUCAGAGGUGUGAGGGAAACUGAGGCAGGAGCUGUGCCCAGAUGGGGAGGAGGAGGAUGGAAGGACCAGGGCGUUCCUUGAGGAGGAGACAGAAUCCCCAGGUCGGGGGGUUGCAGAUCUGCCUCUGCUGUGGUUGUUUUCAUCCCCUUCCUCGGAUUCAUGGCAGGGAAUUCCCAGUCUGGGCUUUUUUUUUGUGUGGAAAGGAUCCCACGGGAAACACUGGAGGCAGAAGUCAAGGAUGGUGCUGGACUGUGGAAUUCGUCCAGCAAAGCUACCUCAGUAAUCACUGCUGGGAAACAAAUCCUUCUUUUUGCAUCACCUGCUGUGGAAUAAAGGCUCCCAGAUUUAUCCCAGAGUGUCUCCCUUGCUCCCACCGGCUCGGAGGAGGGGAAGGCGGAGCUUUGCUUUGUUGUCAGAGCUGUGGAAAACCCUUUGGAGGGACUUAAACUGGAGAAGCUGCAGCUCCCUGGAAGCCUCCAGGGUGGAACCUUUGCUCUUUCCAAAUUCAGCUCCUCCUGACUCGUGUGCUGCCUCAAAGGGGUGAUCUGGUCGAAAUCUGGAUAAGCUGAGUUUCCCUUAACACUGAAACCAAACGAAAUAAGCUCAAGGGUUUACAUUGAUCCUCUUGGCUCAAUUUCCAGUAUUUUGUUUUUUUAAUAAAUUGUAGCACUGCUUUGACUUGUUUAGAGACAGGGAGAGGAGCGCUGCUGGAGCUUGGAGAAGGAUCCUGCUGGAAACGUUAAUUUGUGAGGCUCAGGAUGGGAAUAUCUAAGUGGUGUCUUGCUGACCCUAAAGGGACAGGCUCCUGUCACCCCAAAGAGGUGAUUAAACUCAAACUGGGGUUCUGGCUGGGAUUUUUGCCUCCCUGCCCUCGCCCUUCUCCCUUCAACACCUGAGCCAGCAGCACGCUGUCCUCUCCGUGGGCAGAGAGGAAUUCCUCCCUCACCCGUGGAAGAAUGUGGAAAGCUCCCAAAUCACGGUGUGCAGGGGCUCUGAAGCACAUCCCAUUGGAAUGUGGCCCCACCAGCAUCUCAGGCAGGGCACCAGGAGUGAUUUUGGGGUGCUUUGCUACCUGGUGAGAGCUCCAGCCCGGGUUUGUGGGAUUGCUGGCGAGCUUUAAAUUCCCCCCGAGCUUCUGCAGCCACCGAGGGGCUCUGGGCUAUUCCCCCGAGCUUCUGCAGCGAGUCCAGCAAGGAGGGAAGGGAAGGGAAGGGAAAAUCCCUCAGGAGGAGCACAGGGAUGAGAGCCAGGCCACAUUCCAGGGAUCCCAAAAAGCAGCGGGGAGCCGGCAGCUGACAGCAGAGCACGGGAGACAUCCCUAACUCCACCUCGAGAAUGUCCAUUGAAUGUGAAGCUUUACCCCCGUCCCCUUGUGCUGCUUUUCUGACGGGAUCAGGAUUGAUUUUCCCCACCCCGAGGAGCGGCGUUUUCCCGAUUUUUCCUGAUUUUUCCUGAUUUUUCCCUGUCGCUCCGUGCAUGUAGCACUCCGAUGUCCCCGCUGUGGCAUCGCCUGGCUCCUCGGGAAGGGGAAGGAGCUCCCAGGAAUGUGUGGGGGGAGCUCCCAGGAAUGUGUGGGGCAGCCCCUGCCCCCGGCUGACCCCACUUGCACUCGGCUCUUGGUAGAUUUGUUUACAGUAGUCCCGUGUCGGUUUUGUAACGUUUAAUUUUUAGCACUUUAACUGUGAGUGUACAAACUGGUUCCCUUGUAGUUGGUGUACAUUUUCAUUUUAGACCUUUGGAAGUUUUUAAUAAAACGAUGGAAAAACUCUG